UCGUUGCAAUUAAUAAGAACUGAAGAAGUCACUUGAAGAAAAUUUUAGAGAGAGAAAGUGACUGAACACGAUGGAGGAGACGGAGGAGGAGGAGGUGUUGGGGUCCAGGUUGACGAUGGAGAAGGUGGCGGCGGCAAAGCAGUUCAUAGAGAAUCAUUACAGAGCUCAGAUGAAGAAUAUUCAAGAACGGAAAGAGAGACGAUGGGUGUUGGAAAGAAGAUUAGCUUGUUCAGAUGUGCCCAAGGAGGAACAGAUCAAUCUCAUAAAAGAUCUGGAGAGGAAAGAGACGGAGUUUAUGCGACUUAAGAGGCACAAGAUUUGUGUUGAUGAUUUCGAGCUUUUGACCAUUAUUGGGAGGGGGGCCUUUGGUGAGGUUCGAUUGUGUCGGGAGAAGAAAUCUGGUGACAUCUAUGCCAUGAAGAAGUUGAAGAAAUCUGAAAUGCUUAAGAGAGGACAGGUAGAACAUGUUAGGGCUGAGAGGAACUUACUGGCUGAAGUUGCUAGCCACUGCAUAGUGAAGCUCUACUACUCAUUCCAGGAUGCAGAAUACUUAUAUUUGAUCAUGGAGUAUCUUCCUGGUGGUGAUAUGAUGACUUUGCUGAUGAGGGAGGACACAUUAACUGAAAAUGUGGCUAGAUUUUACAUUGCUCAAAGUGUCCUGGCUAUCGAGUCAAUUCACAAACAUAACUACAUUCACAGAGAUAUUAAACCUGACAACCUUCUUCUGGACAAAAAUGGUCACAUGAAGUUAUCAGAUUUUGGCCUUUGCAAGCCUCUUGAUUGUUCAACUUUGUAUGCAAUUCAUGAAAAUAAAGCCAUUGAUGACGAAAAUAUGGCAGAACCAAUGGAUAUCGAUGGAUGUUUUCCUGAUACAGAUAAUAAAAGUAGUUGGAAAAGUGCCCGCGAGCAGCUUCAGCACUGGCAGAUGAACAGAAGGAAAUUGGCAUUUUCAACUGUGGGAACACCAGACUACAUUGCUCCCGAGGUUUUGUUAAAGAAAGGAUAUGGCAUGGAAUGUGACUGGUGGUCACUAGGAGCAAUAAUGUAUGAAAUGCUUGUUGGAUAUCCUCCCUUUUACUCAGAUGACCCAAUAACCACAUGUAGAAAGAUUGUCCAUUGGAGAAAUCAUCUAAAAUUUCCGGAAGAUUUGAGGUUAUCACUUGAAGCAAAGGAUCUCAUUUGUAGGUUACUAUGUGAUGUUGAACAUAGGUUAGGCACUGGAGGGGCACACCAGAUUAAAGCACAUCCUUGGUUCAAGGAUGUUGCAUGGGAUAAACUUUAUGAAAUGGAGGCAUCAUUUAAACCAGAAGUCAAUGGGGAGCUAGAUACCCAGAACUUUAUGAAGUUUGAUGAAUUGGAUCCUCCAGCAUCAGCAAGAACUGGUUCAGGACCUUCACGGAAGAUGCUAUUAACUCCCAAAGAUUUGAGUUUUGUUGGCUAUACAUACAAGAACUUUGAUGCUGUCAAAGGGCUGAAACAUUCAUAUGGUGAAUCCAUGGCAAAUAGUAUUCCUAAACGGACAGCUGAAGAAACGGAGGUGCAUAUGCUUGCAACAUCAGGUGACCCUAUGUUACCGUAAUUCUAAGUGUACAGCAGUAUUUGAGAAGCUCUUGGAAAGGCCAAUGGUGGUUUAACUGUUAGGAGUGAACGAUACAUUUUAGCUGGAAAAAAAAAAAGCAUUUUAUGUAAUAGAAUUUAGAGCAGUGUUGUGGAAUUUAUGUCCUGGCUGCCCAGGUUGGCUGUGGU